AAGAAAGGGAUAGAGAAAAAGAAAAAUUGUGAUGUCCAGCCUUCCAGGCAACUCUGUGACAGUACAUUCACCAUUUGUGUGUGUGUGUGUGUGUGUGUGUGUGUGUGUGUGUGUGUGUGUGUGUGUGUGUGCACGCACAAACAGUUUAAAUCAAAGACCCAUAAUUCCUCACUACAAGACCUCUCUUCACCACCAAUAUGGACACCCCAUCUGAAACUGUUGCCAUGGAGCUGGAUUUCGGCCAUUUUGAUGAGCGGGACAAGACAUCUCGGACCCCUCGGGGUGGACGGGCCAACGGCCUCCCAAGUCCCACCCACAGUGCCCACUGCAGUUUCUAUAGGACACGCACCCUCCAGGCCCUGACCAAUGAGAAGAAGGCCAAGAAGGUGCGCUUCUACCGCAAUGGUGACCGCUACUUCAAGGGCAUCGUGUACGCAGUUGCCAACGACCGUUUCCGCACGUUUGACGCUCUGCUGGCUGAUCUGACACGCUCACUGUCUGACCACAUCAACCUGCCACAAGGGGUCAGAUACAUCUUCACCAUCGAUGGAUCACAAAAGAUCAGCACACUGGAUGAGCUGGAGGAAGGCGAGAGCUACGUGUGUGCCUCUGAGAACUACUACAAAAAAGUCGACUACACCAAAAAUGUGAACCCUAACUGGUCGGUCAACGUGAAAGCGUCAGCCAGCCAGAAGAACAUGCUGGCCAACCGCACCGCCAGUGAGGCGAGGGAGAGCAAGGACUUUGUGCGACCCAAGCUGGUGACAGUGAUGAGGAGCGGAGUGAAGCCGAGGAAGGCCGUCCGUGUGCUGCUCAACAAGAAGACGGCGCACUCCUUCGAGCAAGUGCUCACUGACAUCACAGAGGCCAUCAAACUAGAGAGCGGAGCAGUGAAGAGGAUCUACACGCUGGACGGCAAACAGGUGACCUGCUUGCAAGAUUUCUUUGGCGAUGACGACGUGUUCAUUGCCUGUGGACCAGAAAAAUUCCGCUAUGCGCAGGAUGACUUCUCCCUGGAUGAAAACGAGUGUCGGGUGAUGAAGGCCCCUAAAGGACAGAGGGGCUCCACUAAAAGUCCCGGCCCCAUGCGACGCUGCAAGUCUCCGGCUGAUUCCACUAAUGGAACAGGAUCCAGUAGUCAGCUUUCUACCCCCAUCUCUAAGCAGUCUCCAAUAUCAACCCCAACCAGCCCCGGAAACACCCGCAAACAGAAGGAUCUCUACUUGCCUCUGUCUCUGGAAGAUGAUGAUUCACAGGGGGAGUCUAUGUAGACUCUUUCCACUCAGUCCUUCAAUCAGUAUGAUAUCCCGUCACAGAGGUAUCUCUGUUGAUUUCAGUCUUGGAAACAUCAACAUCGCCUCCCCAAUGGCCAGGGUGACUGUACGCAUCACCUUUGCAGCAUUUAGACCGUGAUGCUUUGCAGUGAUGGUCAGCGCACUAUUUGCUGCUUGUGAAUUUGUUGCAUCCAUUUUCCAUAUUUUUUCCUGUUUUUUGAUAAUAGAUUUGUAGUGACUGAUGAAAACGCUAAGUAUAUGCGGGGCAUAUGCAGCAGUUUACACUUGUAUUUUGACAACAUACAGCCAAAUUUUUACAUGUGGUAUACUGUUGAAAUUCAUUUUAUAUAUGAGAAAUUUGAGGAAAACUUAACUGUUAAGAUGCAGAUUAGAUCUUUCAACAUCCAGACAUUUUUUUAAUUCAUAAUUUAGAAUUUUUCAUAUUGACUUUUUUAAAAAAGCUUGGUCUUGUGAAUUCCAAGCAGCAAAUAGUUGUUUUUACAAGGGUGUAAUAGUCUGACUUGAACAAAAAUAAUAAUAAUAAAAAAAAUAAAUAAAAAAAAAAAAAUAGAAAAAAGAAAAAUAAUUAAAAAAUACUUGUUGCAGCAUUAAUACUUUUUAUUAAUCUCUUUUUUAUUAAGACCCCCCCCACCCCCACCUCUCUCUCUCUCUCUCUGUGCAAUGGUUUUUUGUGUAUCAGUAUUUUAAAAGCCCAAAGCAGUUGAAUUAGUGUUUGUAGGCUACAGAACUCAUACAUCCACUGUAAAUAAUAUGUGCAGCCUCAAGACACCCACAUCUAUGUAUUUGCAUUGUGGCUUUUUAAGACAUAGAUGUAUUGUUAACUGUCCAUGGCUCUGAUGGUACCAUACCUGCCAACACUCUCGAUUUUACCGGGUUUCUCCCGCUUUUACUCCCGCUGUACUCCUGAUUUACAAUUUCUCCUGACAAUCUCACCAUUUUCUGCAUCCACACUUCGCUUAUACGGGAUCGUACCUUAUUUAAAGGUGCAGUAUGUAAGAUUCAGAAACCCUUGUUAUUAAUGACACCUGUGGCCGUUAAGUGAACUGCAGCUAGCUACCUGUUGCUCGUGCUCGUGCACACACUCCAUAGCGAGCAUUGACCAAAACAAUGACAUAACGUACAAAGAGACAACGUGAUUCACCGGCAUCAUGCUGACAGAUGAGGUAGCAUAAUUAAAAUGACACAGUUAUGAUUGUUUUACUACAAACUUUCAGACUAAACUAAAACUACUUAUCUGCUAACAUAGCAUACUGAUACACACAUACAGCUACAUACUACCGAACUAUACCAGACAGUUUACUGUUGCACUGUUAUGUUGCACUAUUGUAUGUUUUGUAUGUCAUAUGUUGUACUACGAUCAAGAAACCAGUGUAUUUGCUUAAGUUUAUCCUGUAUACCUGACUUUAGUAUAAAGAGAAGAUCGUUGAAAUUAUUUGAAAGUUACGAAGCAAGGUAGCUUGCAAUUCGUCAGCGUUUGCAGGCAAGAUCAAGUUAGCUAAAAUUACACAGAUCAAUCCUUGUGGCACUAUAUUUCACAUGCUUUGCAGUUAUGUAAGCUUACCUGUCCAAUAAGAAGAACGCCAAUUCAGGGUCGGUUUUGAUCCCCAAAACCGAACGAAGGUCCCUCCAGGAAUCAAAUGCCCUGCCGAUGUUCACUCUAGUUUUCACUUGACCAUGAUCACAUUCCCGCUUAGCCAGACUGGAUUCAGUAGAUAAAUGUUUUUUUUUGAGUUUGUGUAGGAGUCGGUGUUGUGCUGGGAGCCGGACGUUUGCUGGAUUCCAUCUCUAAGAUAACGUUACGUAGUGUUGCAGUUUGUCGUCGCUGUUGAAUAGCGGAAGAGAUGCUACUGUCUGAGGCAAGGCUCUCGGGAGAGCGCAUAAACAUCAUGUCCUUUGGAUUUUCCCGGCAAAAGCGACCCGCUCCCUUCGCAUGAAAAUCAGUCUACAGGCUUUAAUAGGCAAACUAGGAAGUCCGGGAAGGGCUCAUUUUUUAAGUUGCAUUACAAACCAUUCACACAUUGGCAAAAAAAGGGCGAAUAUUACAUGAAAAUUGUUACAUAUUGCACCUUUAAAUAUGAAAUGAUGCGUCCUGUAUCGAAUCCACAUGGGACGUGAUUUGUUCCGUUGGCUGAUCAGAUGGCGUCAAGGGGAAACCGUCCCAGAUCGUUAAUUUAACAAUGAUAUAAGUUUUUAUAAAUUAUAUCAAUGUAAUAUUAUAUAACUUAUGUAAGGGGUCGUCUGAAAAGUCCACAUUUUGUACUAAAACUGUGGAUUUUUUUUUAUUGCAUCUGAACACAGGGUAACAAUCCCCCCCCCCCCCAUAUCUUCCUAUUUUUCACAAUCCGAUGUUGGCAGGUAUGGAAGGUACCCAUUGCAAAUUGAGGGGGGGAGGUUGGCAUAAGCCAUAAAAUCACGUCCUUUUACUUUCAACAGCAAUCACAUGAAGGUUUGAAAUGUUAAAAUGUUAAAAAAUAAAAUUAAAAUUAAAAUUAAAAAAAUUAAAACUGCACUAAGAUUUAUUUUCUAGUUGAAAAUUGGUUAAAGUUGGUUAAAGGGAAAGUUCACCCACAAAUGCAAAUUUUGUCAUCAUGUACUCACCCUUAUGUCAUUACAAUCCCAUGUGACUUCCAUGGAACACAAAAGGAGAUGUUUUUGCAGAAUGUUCACAUUGUUCUUUUCCAUACAAUUAAAGUGAAUGGGGACUGGGGUUGUCAUGCUCCAAAAAUGAUGAAAAAAGGUCAAUAAAAGGAUCAUAAUAGUACUAGCACUAUAUUCAAAGUCUUCUGAAGCCAUAAAAUAGCUUUUUGUGAGGAGCAUACUAAAAUUUAAAGGGAUAGUUCACCCAAAAAGGAAAAUUCUCUCAUUAUUUACCCUCAUGCUGUCCCAGAUGUGUAUGACUUUCUUCUGCAGAUCAAAAAUUUUGAUUUUUAGAAGAAUAUUUCAGCUCUGUAGGUC